CUUCCUGGAAAGAAAGUGAAACUUUGUCCGAGUGACGGCAGAGCUGAGACAAAUCUCUGUGUUUCUGUCGAAGGAAACAUUAAACUGAGUACAUCAGGUUUUUCUCAACAAUUGACUCAAAUACUGUGUGUAGACAUGUCUGCUGCCAGCAGUCUGCUGUUGGAAGAUAAGUUUCUGUGCUCCAUCUGUCUGGAUGUGUUCACUGAUCCAGUCACCACACCAUGUGGGCACAACUUCUGCAAAACCUGCAUCACUGAGCACUGGAAUGUAAAUGCCCUGUGGCAGUGUCCUAUAUGUAAAAAGUUGUUUAUCACCAAACCUGAGCUGUACGUCAACACUUUCAUCUCAGAGAUGGUUGCUCAGUUCAGACAGACGGCUCAACAGGAAGCCAGCAGCAGCAGCUCAGAGCAACAAGAGUCCAAACCAGGAGAAGUUCCCUGUGACGUCUGCACUGGAACCAGACUGAAGGCCCUGAAGUCCUGCCUGGUCUGUCUGGUCUCCUACUGUGAGACUCACCUGGAGCCUCAUCUGACAGCUUCACGUCUGAAGAGACAUCAGCUGAUCGACCCUGUGGAGAACCUGGAGGGCAGGAUGUGUAUGACACACGAUAAACCUCUGGAGCUGUUCUGUAAGACUGACCAGACAUGUGUCUGCAUGCUGUGCACUGUUUUAAACCACAAGACACAUGAUGUUGUUCCUCUGAGAGAAGAAUAUGAUGAAAAGAAGGCAGAGCUGGGAAAGACAGAGGCUGAAAUUCAGCAGAUGAUCCAGAAGAGACGACUGAAGAUUCAGGAGAUCAAACAGUCAGUGAAGCUGAGUAAAGAAGACGCAAACAGAGAGAUAGAAGAAGGUGUUCAGAUCUUCACUUCUCUGAAGGAGUCUGUUGAGAGAGGCCUGAAUGAGCUCAUCAAAACGAUAGAAGAGAAGCAGAAAACAACAGAAAAACAGACAGAAGUUUUCAUCCAAGAGCUGGAACAAGAAAUCUCUGAGCUGAUGAAGAGGAGCACUGAGGUGGAGCAGCUCUCACGCUCUGAGGACCACCUCCAUCUUCUCCAAAGCUUCUCUCCUCUGAAGGAUGUCCCAACCACCAAAGACUGGACAGAGGUCAGCGUCCAUCCAGCAUCAUAUGAGGGGACUGUGGUGAGAGCUGUGGCUCAGCUGGAGGAGACGCUCAGUAAAGAGAUGAAGAAGCUGAUUGAAGCAGAGCUGAAGAGGGUCCAGCAGUAUGAAGUGGAUGUGACUCUUGAUCCUGAUACAGCAAAUCCCUAUCUCAUCCUGUCUGAUGAUGGGAAACAAGUGACUCAUGAUGAUGUGAAGAAACGUCUUCCAGACCAUCCAAAGAGAUUUUCUACCUGUGCUUGUGUUUUAGGAAAGCAAAGUUUCUCUUCAGGCAGAUUUUACUUUGAGGUUCAGGUUAAAGGAAAGACUGAUUGGAACUUUGGAGUCGCCAGAGAAUCGAUCAACAGGAAGGGACUAAUCACACUGAGUCCUGAGAACGGUUUCUGGACUAUAUGGCUGAGAAAUGGAAAUGAGUACGAAGCUCUUGACGCCCAUGUUGUCAGUCUCUCUCUGAAGUCUCCGCCUCAGAAGGUGGGGGUGUUUGUGGAUUAUGAGGAGGGUCUGGUCUCCUUUUAUGAUGUAGAUCCUGCAGCUCUUAUCUACUCCUUUACUGGCUGCUCCUUCACUAAGAAACUCUUCCCGUACUUCAGUCCCUGGCUUGAUGACGGUGGUAAAAACUCUGCACCUCUGAUCAUCUCUCCUGUCAGUGAGUAGAUGGAUGAGGCGUAAACAAAGAGAUUCACUGUGAUAUAAAGAAUCAAAUAUGCAUAUUCAGUGGCAAAGUACAGUUUAAAUGUUUCAUCUUCAAACCGUGAUUAUGCAAUUUCAUGUAUCUCAUUACUGAUAAAUUUCCCCACACAGAUGGUUUAUUAACCCAUUUAACAACAGUUAACAAUAAUUUGAUAAUAAUAAAACACUGACACAGAACGUUUCACUGCACUGUGACUACUUUUACUUUGAGCACUUCAAGUCCCUUUUCCUGAGAAUACUUAGAUACUUAAAUUAGGUUUUGAAUACAAGACUUGAACUUGUAGUGGAGUAUUUUCUCAGAGUGGUAUUAGCGGUCUCUUGUUCCUCUUCUGUGAGCUGUUUACAUUUAAUUCAUCAGGUGAUCAACAGACAAAAUAAUCUGCAACUAUUCAUCAAUUUAUCAAACUUUAAGUACUUUUUUGAAGCAAAAAUGGCAAACAUUCACAAGUUCCAGCCUCUCAAAUGUGAAUAUUUGCUGGUUUUCUUGGUCUUAGAUGUUUGGCUUUUGGUUAUUAUGAAUCAUAAUUGGCUUGUUUCACCUUUUCUCUGACAUUUCAGUGACCAAAAUAUAAAUCAAGAAAACAAAAACUGUUAGUUUCAACGUUAGAACUUUUGUUGUAUUUUUUAAAUCUCUUCAGCUGUUAUUGGGUUUUGAGCAUUUGAACAAAAUAAAUAUGGCCUGACGUCCCUCUGGAUUUUCACUAUCAGCUGCUGAUCAGUCUGAAAGCUGUGAAAUGAUGAUUUGUCAGACUGCCUACGUUGACACCACUUACAACCUGGAACACAGCAGUGUGACAUUAUCCUUUUGAGAAGAGCUUUUCACCUUCCCUCCCCUAGCGUGACGUGAGAGUAAAUUGGCCGUAGUGUCAAUAUGGUCUAUGGUUCAUAUUCAUGAUCAUUCACACAGAUUUCAGUUGAUUUAAGUUUCUCUUUGACUCUACUGAAGGGUCAAUUCCGGGGGGCAAUAGGGAUUUGUAAUAUAAUGCAAUUUCAUUGAAUGUGAUGUAAUUACUGCAACACUCUUCUGAUUGUAUUUGUACAAAAUGUUUUUUGCACAUUUCUCUCACAAGAAAAGAAUAAAAUGGAAAGAGGU